AUGUCAUCAACGAAAGAUUUCGUGUUGGAGGUCACACCUUCGAUUGAGCAUGAUAUGAAGUGCCUCACAACGUUGAAUGUGUUGAAAUUUUCCGUCAAGCAUAGAGUCCCGCCACUAAUAUUUCGGGGUCGAUAUUGGCUUUUAUGCGGCUCUGCUAUUUGUCUCGUGAUAACGGGGGUAAAUUGUUACAAAAGGUGUCAUACUUGGGUUGAUUGGUGUAUCGUAUUAGUUCAGCUUGUUUUCAUCUUGUUGCUUUAUUUCAUUCAAGAGCCACGGGAUACAUUGACGAUCAUGAAGGGAAUUGGAGCUCAACUUGAGUCACGAAAGAUGUUGCCAUUUCAAAGCAGAACCAUUUUCAUACCCAUCAAUAAUGUGAUUGACUUGGUAAUACACGAGGGUUUCCAUAAUUAUGGUCAGGUUAUAUUUUACUUGUGCUUUUUGACAAAGAAUUUUCAAGUGGAGAGACCAGGAAAAGACAGUGUAAUUCAAGUUGUAUUUGGAGAAUUUUUUCCAAGGAAAGAUGUGUUGUUGACUGUUUUGAAAUUAAGUAGACAAUUGUUAUUUGGUGAAUCCAAGAGGUAUUGGAGGCGUGUGCCGGGUCAGGGUCUUAAGGAAUUGUCCAAACUCUCUGAGUGA